UUUUUUCUUGUUACAUUUUCCAUUCUCUUCUGAUACAAUAAUAAUUUUUAUUCUCCGUUGUGAUUUGGGCCAUAUUUCAAGAUGUUCAGCGCGGUGCGAGCUGCCUCGAAGGCAGAUAAAAAAAUUUUAUCUUUUUUAACACAAUACAAUCGUGGGUAUGCUGCAAAAGCCGCUGGUAAGGCUGCUGCUGGCUCAAACGGCCGUGUAGUAGCUGUUAUUGGUGCCGUUGUAGACGUCCAAUUUGACGGUGAACUUCCAUCAAUUUUGAAUGCUUUAGAAGUAAAAGAUAGACAGCCACGCUUAGUACUUGAAGUAGCUCAACAUUUGGGUGAAAGUACUGUACGUACUAUUGCUAUGGAUGGUACUGAAGGUUUAGUACGUGGCCAAAACGUUGUUGAUACUGGUGCUCCAAUUCGUAUUCCAGUUGGUGCGGAAACUUUAGGACGUAUUAUCAAUGUAAUUGGUGAACCAAUCGAUGAAAGAGGUCCAAUCCCAACUGAUAAAUCUGCUCCAAUCCACGCUGAAGCACCACCAUUUGUUGAAAUGAGUGUAGAACAAGAAAUUUUGGUCACUGGUAUUAAAGUUGUAGAUUUAUUGGCUCCAUAUGCUAAAGGUGGUAAAAUUGGAUUGUUUGGUGGUGCUGGUGUAGGAAAAACUGUACUAAUUAUGGAAUUGAUUAAUAACGUUGCCAAAGCACAUGGUGGUUAUUCCGUAUUUGCUGGUGUCGGCGAACGUACACGUGAGGGCAACGAUUUAUACAAUGAAAUGAUUGAAGGUGGUGUUAUUUCGUUGAAAGACAAAACAUCAAAGGUAGCAUUAGUAUAUGGUCAAAUGAAUGAACCACCAGGCGCUCGUGCUCGUGUUGCUUUAACUGGUUUAACUGUUGCUGAAUACUUCCGUGAUCAAGAAGGCCAAGAUGUAUUACUUUUCAUUGAUAAUAUUUUCCGUUUUACUCAAGCUGGGUCUGAAGUAUCAGCUUUGUUGGGUCGUAUUCCUUCAGCUGUAGGUUAUCAACCAACAUUGGCAACUGAUAUGGGUUCUAUGCAAGAAAGAAUUACAACAACUAAGAAAGGUUCAAUUACAUCUGUACAAGCUAUCUACGUACCAGCUGAUGAUUUAACAGAUCCAGCUCCAGCAACAACAUUUGCUCACUUGGACGCAACAACUGUCUUAUCACGUGCUAUUGCUGAGUUAGGUAUAUAUCCAGCUGUUGAUCCAUUGGAUUCAACUUCCCGUAUUAUGGACCCAAAUAUCAUUGGAGAGAAACAUUAUAAUGUAGCACGUGGUGUCCAAAAAAUUUUGCAGGAUUACAAAUCUUUACAAGAUAUUAUCGCUAUUUUAGGUAUGGAUGAAUUGUCAGAAGAAGAUAAAUUGACAGUUGCCCGGGCACGAAAAAUUCAACGUUUCCUGUCACAGCCAUUCCAGGUUGCUGAAGUUUUCACUGGUCAUGCUGGUAAAUUGGUGCCAUUGGAACAAACAAUCAAAGGUUUCUCACAAAUUUUAGCUGGUGAAUACGAUCAUUUACCUGAAGGUGCUUUCUAUAUGGUUGGACCAAUUGAAGAAGUUGUAGAAAAGGCUGACAGAUUAGCUAAAGAAGCAGGCGCCUAAAUAAAUUAAGCUUGAAAUUAACACUCCAGUGUUAUAAGUAAUAUUAAAAAAAUUUGAAAAAAAAGAGAAAAAAAUAUAAAAAUACAAUUUAAAUAAAAAACUUUAACUAUGAAUGAUGAAAUAUGUAACCAUCUCUACACAAAUUGAAUGGAUCAUAUAAAAUAUACAAAAUCAAUUGCCCACUAGAUUACCGUGUUUUAUAUGGAUCAUUCAAUUCAAAAUUUUUAAAUGUAUUUUUAAUAAAUAAUGUGACCCGCGACAAAUUAGCUAGUAAUUAAAUUAAAAUAUGAAGUUGAAAUUUCCUUUGUCUAAAGCGUUUAAAUAAAUAUUUCAAAGCUGGAAAUUAAAA